UCUGCUUUCUCCAUUACACACACGAUGGAACAUCUUAGGGUUUUAUUCUCAGUCUCUCUUCUCUUCGCAUUCUUCGUCUCCCUUUCGUUCUGUGAGAACGACGGCGACGAUAUCUUGAUCCGGCAAGUGGUUAACGGAUCGGAGCCGAAGGUAUUGUCAUCGGAGGAGGAUCACUUUUCUCUGUUCAAGAGGAGAUUCGGAAAGGUUUACGGUUCUCUCGAGGAGCACCACCACAGAUUCGCGGUUUUCAGAUCUAAUCUUCAGAGAGCGAUGCGUCAUCAGAGGAUGGAUCCUUCUGCUCGCCAUGGCGUCACGCAGUUCUCCGAUCUGACUCCUUCUGAGUUUAGGAGAAUGCAUUUAGGGGUUAGAGGUGGGUUUAAGCUUCCCAAGGACGCUAAUCAGGCGCCGAUUCUUCCUACCAAGGACCUCCCAGAGGAUUUUGAUUGGAGAGAUCGUGGAGCAGUUACUCCCGUCAAGAAUCAGGGAUCAUGUGGAUCGUGCUGGAGUUUCAGCACUACAGGAGCGCUUGAAGGUGCUCACUUCCUCUCAACUGGCCAACUUGUUAGUCUCAGUGAACAACAGCUCGUAGAUUGUGAUCACGAGUGUGAUCCUGAACAGGAAGGUUCGUGUGACUCUGGUUGCAACGGCGGCCUAAUGAACAGCGCCUUUGAGUACACCCUCAAAACCGGGGGGCUCAUGCGAGAGGAUGACUAUCCCUACGAAGGCACCGAUGGUGGGACCUGCAAGUUGGACAAGUCUAAGAUUGUUGCAUCUGUCUCCAACUUCAGUGUUGUCUCUAUUAACGAAGAUCAAAUCGCUGCAAAUCUUGUCAAAAACGGUCCUCUAGCUGUGGCUCUAAAUGCAGCUUACAUGCAAACCUACAUGGGAGGAGUAUCGUGCCCUUACAUAUGCUCGAAGAGGCUCAACCACGGUGUGUUGUUGGUGGGUUAUGGUUCGGCCGGUUUUUCUCAGGCAAGGUUCAAGGAAAAGCCGUAUUGGAUCAUCAAAAACUCAUGGGGAGAAACCUGGGGUGAGAAUGGUUUCUAUAAGUUAUGCAAAGGCCGUAAUGUUUGCGGCGUUGACAGUAUGGUUUCCACCGUCGCUGCCGCUGUCUAGAGGGUUUUUAUUAUUAAGACAAUUUCGCAUUUGUCUCUUGUCUCUGUUAUAAAACCUGUAAAUAAAUUAAAUGAAAUGCAUUUCUCUGUGAAUCUUUUUUUGGAAAACCAACAUCACAAGAACCAUUUCAAAGAAGAUAGAGAAUCAACACAAUCCAGCCAUCAUUAUCCAAGGACAUAAAACAUACUCUUCAUAAAAUGCAUGUUUUAGAAAAAAUUGUUUCAAAAAAAUAAGUUUUUAUAUUUUCGAAGCACUUUUAUCAACUAAUAAUAAUUGUAAAUUUCAAACAAUUAAUUGCAUUUACUAAAUUUCUGGUUUUGUGUUUGGAGUAUGCUUUAGAUUUCUGCAGAAUCCGCAUGAGAUUGGUAAUGACUGUAGUUUUAAAUUUUUUGCUGUAGAAAAAAAUCUGUAGACUUUUUGCUGUGGCUUUAGAUUUUAUUGCUGUAGAAUUUUAUGGAAAGCACUAAAAAUUUGCUUUGGAUAUUUGGCUCUGCAGAACACUUGUACAACUGUAGGUUAUUUUAAAAGUUGUGGUUUCAAAAAAAAAUUUAAAACUUGAUUGAUCUGAAUUUGGUGCCGUAGAAAUAAAUAGGGCUGUGAACAACACCUAAAUCAACUACCAAUCACCUGUAUCGAUAGCCUUUAGAAAGCUUCAAGUACUUUUUCCCAAAGACCAGCUGUAACCAUGCCAUUCGGUACAUGUAUAAUCAAAUGUUAACGCUUAGCUUUAAGAUUUGACGUAAUGCAUGAGGGUUACGUAAGUGCCGUUGGAAUUACUUUUUGAACAUUAUGAAUAAGAUAUUCAUACGUCAAAAAUAAAGUUUUAUUUGAAUGAGAAAUAGAGGUCUAAUGUGUGUGAUUUGAGAAUCUUGUAUAAACUAGCAAAUACAUAUAUUAGAUAUUUGAUCUUGGAUUUGGGUUUUGACUUCAUGUUCAUUAACUUAAAUCAAAUAUAUGUUGAUCUUUUAUAGUGAUAAAAUAUAAAAAAGAAAUAUAUUUUAAAGUAUAUUAUUUAGUUUGAAUUGGUCAAAUAAAAAAUAAUUUUACUCUUUAAUUUCUUGGUCAAAAUGUGGAAUAAAUUCACAUAAUAAUUGACAAGAAUUAAAGACUCUAUUAGUGCACCAUGGAGGUUUCAUUUUUUGUGUUGAAAAAUGAAACUUGUGCUUCUCAUGAUUUUUUUAUAAAAGGGCUUGCUAGCAUUAUAGAAAAUACUCACAUUCAUACAAUCAAGAAACAUUUUUCCCACUCAGAAUAGUUAUGCUAGUAUUUUUUUUUAUUUUGAGUCCGAGAGUACAUCACAGAAAUAGGGUCGAUAGAUUCUGUUUUUCGGUGAUGGUAAACAGAAACAAUGCUGCAGUUGUAUCCUGUGAAUCUGAGCGCCAUGAAACCGUCAC